AUGAACACAGCAGCGCGGCGCGAGGCACUGCAUACAUUCUGCAGGUUUCGCAACUCUCCAUCUAUACCUGCACGACGAUGGAAUUCCACAUUCGAAACAAGGAAAUGGUCUACUCCAUUAGCUCGCACAUUAGCCAAUGCGAUGAAGGUCACUGGCCCCAUCCCAAUUGCGGCAUACAUGCGCCAGGUUUUGACCUCACCGGAAGGCGGUUACUAUACCUCGCGUCCCGAAACGGGUGCUGUCUUUGGAAAGCACGGUGACUUUGUAACUUCACCAGAAAUCUCCCAGGUUUUUGGUGAGCUCAUUGGCAUUUGGAUAAUUGCAGAGUGGAUGUCUCAAGGACGAACCAGGAGUGGUAUUCAGUUGAUGGAAGUCGGGCCUGGAAAGGGAACACUGAUGAGCGAUAUGCUGCGGACGUUCCGUAAUUUCAAAAGCUUUUCUUCCAGCGUUGAAGCAAUUUAUCUCGUUGAGGCAAGCCCAACACUGAGACAAACGCAGAAGAUACUGCUUUGCGGGGAGGAGGCUUUCAUGGAAGAAACUGACAUUGGUCAUCGGAGUACCUGCAAAUAUUUUGACGUACCAGUCAUUUGGGUGGAGGAUAUUCGACUUCUGCCACAUGAAGAGGGAAAGACACCGUUCAUCAUUGCCCACGAAUUUUUUGAUGCGCUUCCAAUUCACGCUUUUGAGUCAGUUCCUCCAUCUCUCGAGAAUACGCCGGACCAACCGAAAGAGAUCAUGACACCUACCGGCCCCCAAAAAUUGCACCAACCACUUAAAGCUGCAAACAUUCCUCAAUGGCGCGAGUUGUUAGUCACAUUGAACCCAAAAGCAGUCGACGAAAACAUUGAAGGAGAGCCAGAGUUCCAAUUGACCAUGGCAAAAGCCGCCACGCCUACUUCGCUUGUGAUUCCUGAGAUCUCAGAGCGCUACCGCGCUCUUAAGUCGCAAGCUGGUGCCAGUAUUGAAGUCAGUCCGGAAAGCCGAGUGUAUGCAGCAGAUUUUGCACGCCGUAUCGGUGGUGAUGCCAGUUCUGCGCCAAAUGCCCAGAAGACGGCUACUCCUGGUAAAGUUCAGAAGAAGACGCCCUCUGGCGCUGCUCUGAUCAUGGACUAUGGAACUCUAUCGACUAUUCCGAUCAACUCACUGCGCGGAAUUCAGCACCAUCGAUUAGUACCUGCACUUUCCGCGCCGGGCCAAGUCGAUGUAAGUGCUGAUGUUGACUUUACUGCUCUAGCCGAAGCAGCUCUUGAGGGCAGUGAUGGUGUUGAAGUUCACGGCCCCGUUGAGCAAGGCGAUUUUCUCAAUGUCAUGGGCAUAACAGAGCGUAUGGAGCAGAUACUCCGCAAGGCUGGAGAUGACAAGCACAAGAAGACAUUGGAGACUGGGUGGAAGCGAUUGGUUGAAAAAGGCGGUGGUUCCAUGGGUCAGAUCUACAAGGUCAUGGCUAUUGUACCUGAGAAUAAUGGACGCAGGCGUCCUAUUGGAUUUGGAGGGAGUAUCCAAAUGCCUUAA